GUAAAGAUGUGAUGGUGGUUACAGAAUGAGAUAGAGAUAGAGAAACCGAACGGCGCAAAGUUGGAGAGAAACCGAACGACUGUGCCGGACAGCAGAGGAACUAAAUUGUUCUUCCAGCCAUCUUAUCUCUUCUUUUGAGAUGAUGAGGUUUUUGGUUCCUAGAGCAAGUAUUGAGAAUGUGAAUGUUGUGCAAUCGGAAGCCGAAGUAGAAGAACCACCACCUAAUGUGGUCAAUGAGUUUAAUUCAAAUGAGAUUGUGCGUGAUCCGGGUCUUAGGAAACAAAUUCAUGAGUAUUCUCCGGAUAUUCAAGACCAAGUGAGGAGGGCAUAUAUAUUGAAGGGUCCAACACAACCAAUUUUGGAAAAAUUUCCUCGCACUCAAUUUGCUAGAGAACCAAGAACAAGGGCAUUUUGUAAAUCAUGGUAUGAAAAGUAUACAUGGAUAGAAUAUAGUGAGUUCAAGGAUGCAGCUUAUUGUUUCCAUUGCUUUCUCUUUAAGAAACCCGGGAGGAGUGAGCAAUUUGGUUUUGAAGUCUUCACCAAAUCCGGAUAUAAAGAUUGGAAGCAUGCAUCUAAAGGCUUGCAAGGUCAUGUUGGUGGUCAUGGUAGUAUGCACAACUCGUGUAUGAAGGACUAUGAUGAUUAUAAUAAUCAAAGACAAAGUAUAGGGGCUAAGUUUCUUAGAGCAACUAGAGAAUCUGAAGAAUUGUAUAAGAUUCGUUUGACUUGUUCCUUAGAUUGUUCAAGAUAUCUCAUAGCACAAGGCAUGGCUUUCCGUGGCCAUGAUGAAUCCGUUACUUCUCUAAACAAGGGCAAUUUUAGAGAGAUGGUAGAUUGGGUAAAAUCUAAUGAUGAAAAAGUGAGAGAUGCUUAUGACCGUGGUUCAAAUGAUUGCAAAAUGAUUUGCGGUGACAUUCAAAAGGACUUUGCAACGUCUUGUGCAGCUGAAGUUAUGAAGGUGAUUAUGGGAGAGCUUGGUGAUAGACAAUUCUCCGUGCUUAUUGAUGAGUCACGUGAUAUAUCCGUCAAAGAGCAAAUGGCGGUGAUGUUUAGGUUUGUGAACGACAAAGGGGAAGUUGUGGAACGAUUCCUUGCUCUACAAAAAGUCGAAAGUACUACAUCCGAGGCACUAAAGAAUGCUCUUUAUUCCAUUCUUGAUCGUCACACGUUAUCUAUUUCAAGGAUAAGAGGGCAAGGAUAUGACGGAGCUUCAAAUAUGAGAGGUGAAUUUAAUGGUUUGCAACGAAAGAUUCUAGAUGAAAAUCCAUAUGCUUUAUAUGUUCAUUGCUAUGCUCACCGUUUGCAAUUGGUGGUUGUUUCCGUUACUAGUAGUUGCUCAUCUAUUUAUGAUUUCUUUGAGUACAUCUCCUUGAUUGUAACCACAACAACUGCAUCUUGCAAGAGAAUGGAUGCUUUGAAGCAAGCACACCACGACGAAAUUGUGUGUCAACUUGCAACUGGUGAGAUAUCUAGCGGAAGGGGCUUAAACCAAGAAUCUACUCUCCCUAGACCCGGAGAUACUAGAUGGGGUUCACAUUUUAUGACCUUGAUUCGUUUGGAUCAAAUGUGGGCCCCCGCGUUAGCAGUGCUUAGUACGGUUGAUGAACUUGGACGUUUACCAUCUCAAGCGGCGGGUUUAAUAGAAAAAAUGGAGUGUUUUAAAUUUGCGUUCAUUUUGAAGUUAAUGUUAAAGUUGCUUGGUAUCACAAAUGAGCUUUCAAAAAUCUUGCAAAGAAAAGAUCUUAAUAUUGUGCUUGCCAUGGAUUUAGUUGAUGAUGUCAAAGCUCGGUUGGCCACAUUGAGAGAGAGUGGUUGGGAUGAUUUAUUUGAUAAUGUCCAAAAAUUUUGUAUUGCUAAAGGUAUUCCGGUGCUGGAUAUGAAUCAAGAAAUACCGGUUCGGGGUCGUUCAAGGUUAGAAGGAAAGACUGUCACUAAUCUUCAUCAUUACCGUGCAGAGAUUUUUUAUGUUGCUAUUGACAAAAUAUGUGUGGAGAUGGAUCACCGCUUUAGUGAACGAAGUAACAUUGUGCUUAGUUCUUUCUCAUGUCUUGACCCCAAGAAUUCUUUCUCCAAGUUUGAUGUUGAUAAACUUGCUCGUCUUGCUGAUAUUUAUCAUGAAGACUUUUCUAAUAAUGACCGUGGAACAAUAAGGGAGCAACUUGAGACAUAUAUAGUUCAUGUUAGAAGACAUGUAUCAUUUUCUACUUGCGAAGAUGUUCAAAGUUUGGCUUUGAAGAUGGUUCAAACUGAUAAACGUUUCGUAUUUCCAUUGGUCUACAAACUUAUUGAGCUGGCUUUGAUAUUACCGGUGUCGACAGCAUCCGUUGAAAGGGCUUUUUCAGCAAUGUCGAUUAUUAAGAAUAAAUUGCGCAACAAGAUCAAUGAUGAGUGGUUCAAUGACUUGAUGAUAUGUUAUACCGAGCGGGAGAUAUUCAAGUCACUUGAUGAUAUUGAUAUUAUCCGAUCCUUCACCGCAAAGAAGUCUCGGAAAGGGCAUUUACCUCCUAAUUUUAUGUAGUAUACUAUUGGUAUGUUAUAUUUUAUCCCUCUUAUUUGACUCAUGUUUUGUUGGUUUUUUCUAGUUUUUUUUUUUUGUUUUAACUCAUGCUAUCCAAAAAAAUAUUGUGGUUAAAAUUGUGCCCAAGCUCCGCUAUAAUCCUGGCUCCGCCACUGACCGGAACCACUUGAUCCAAGAACUCGCCCCAAACUUUGGACUACUAGGACCUCCUUCCCUUAGGAACCAGAUGGUAAACACCAAAAGAAAAAAAAAAGAGGAUACAAAAGUUUUGGCGUCGACUUUUCAUAAUACCAACAAUACCC